GAACCCUCGUUCGUUUUACCCAUGCUGCAACGCGCUACACAUUCUCUCUGUACAAAGAUGGCGGAAAAAAAUACACAAUGUAUUGAUAUAAUUUGAAAGGAAAUUGGAUCAUUAUUUACCUUUCUCCACCCGCCUGAUGUACAUGUGAACCUAAGUUAAAACAACCAUGGAAAAGUUAGAAUCCUACAAAGUAUGGCCCAGACCAAUGGGGUGCAUGAAGUAGUUCGGCCAUUCCGAGUGAAACCCCUACCUCGUUUCAGAAAAAACAAUAAAGGUUGGCUGGAGAAGGGAGUGGGUUUAACCAGCCGUCCAAUAAUAUCUGUCAAAAAACUGGAACCAGUGAGAAAUGCUCAUAAACAAAACGGAUCAAAACCGAAAUCCACUACACCAAAAUCACUAAACCGAGAACCAAGUCAAAAGCACGACCAUCAAAUACAGGGUGAAAAACUCGAUCGUCAAAUACACAGCGCAAAGCACGACCAUCAAAUACACGGCGAAAAACUCACCCACUUGGACUCCCAAAAAUGUCAAACUACUGACACUUUUAAGGUCACUGUCUUUACCAGUGUAGGAAAAGCUUUAAGGACUCUUGGUAGUAGAGAGACUUAUAGAAUCCCACUGGUGUGCCUUGAAGAUGUUUACAGAACAUUACCGAGUCAAUUAAGAUCAGUGGACCUUACUCAUGUGGACAAACUAAUGAAUUGUUCUCCAUCAAACAUUCAGAAGCAGCACCAAGAAAACUUUGAAGCAGAGCUGAAGAAGAGGCUGCUGAGAAGAUCCCCCGUGGAAAAAGUGUACAAAGAUUCUCCUAUGGAGGGCAUUGAGGAGGGCUGCCCUGAUCUCUACUGUGAUACCCCUGUGAAACAAAACACAACCCCCGCUGGGAAGGAGAAGCCCAAGGGUAGAAAGAAAGCGGUCAGUGGACGGAGUCCAAAGACAUCACCUGAUAAAAAAUCAGUAAAGAAAAAACCGGACAAUGACCACACACUGGAUUGUGAUGGCAUUACUGAACAGAGACCUCAAAGUGUUAAGGAAGUCAAAGGAAAGAAGGGAAAGGGAUCUCCCGUAGGAAAGGACAGAAACUCCAUGGCAGUUGUUCUCACGGGAGACUACACAAACAAGACACCUGAGAAACAGAUCUUGAAGAAGAAGAAACCCAAAGUGAAAAUUGAUUAUGGCACAUCAGAAACGAAUUCUACCUCUUAUACACCAUCACCGGACUCUAGCAGUAAAAAAUCCUCACUGAAGCUCUCUUUAAUCCCUGCAAAUGAGGGGAGAGAGUUACACAACAGCACAAACCACAAUGAAAGUGCAAAAUCUAACCCACAGUCUCCAGACACCUGUGAAUUUUCUAACUCUUCUUCAGGUAAGGAGAGUAAAUCUAUGGACAGUCCCUCUAGUCUUUCACCUUCAAAAGAAUUGGGUAGAAGAAUUAGAGCCCCAAAUGUGAGAUACUCUGAUGACAUUCUUCUCUUGCCACUGAAAUCUCCCAGGAGAAGCCGUUCUCCAAAAGGGAGCACAGAAAAGGACGGAACGUCAAGCAUGUGGGAUGAAAAUCCUGUGGAGGAUGAUUCUCAAGAGAAAGUUAAGAAAUCCAGCGAGUGCCAGACCUCACAAUUAUAUUCUCUACUGACCAAUAAAAAUCAGUCAAGUAAAAGUGUGAUAGAAAAGUCUCCAGUCAUAGACAGUGAACAAAAAGGAGAUAAGAUUCAGACACAAUCUGUAUCGCCACUGGGCUCUGCAGAUUUACCACUUACCAAUGGAGUGGUUGAUGCUGUGGAGGCCAAAUCUGAAAAGUCGUCAGAAAAAUCAAAAAAGAAGAGAAAGAAAAAAUUGGAUAGUGUUGAAUUGAGCGAGUCAAAACUAAAAUCUGUAGAGAAAACAGAAAAGAAUUCAACAGGGAAAAGUAAGAAAAUAAAAAGUCCAAAGUCAGGAGCUGUAAGAGUUUUGCAAUUUGAUGAAGGAGCAGAGGAAACUGAUGGAACAGAGAACAAGACAGAAGAUGUGACAGAGAAAUCUAAAGUUAAAGGAAAAGGGAAAAAGGCAGCAACUCCAAAGAAACCAAAAAAGGUUACAGAGAAAGGCAAAAAGACUGCAGCAAAGUCCUCCUCUGUUGAAGUGUGCGAAUCUAAAUCCAUUAAUCAGACAGCAAGCACUUCAUCCUCCAAUAACUCCAGAUCUGAGAAAGGAAAUUCUCAGACGACAUCUGUCACCUCAGCAGAGAGCAACAGUUCCGUAUCACUGGACUUGUUCACUCUGAUAGCAAAAGUGAAGGACAACAUGAACUCCAAUACAUUUCCAACAUUUGCUGAUGAAGUUCUUUUAAAAGCAGAUGAGGAUGACAAUAAUAAAGAUGAAUGGAAUGAAAAGAAUGAAAAUGAUCCAAAAUUGGAUAGUGAGAUGCAUGAGAAAAAUCCGCAGGACCUUGAAAUCGUGGAUGAUUUCUUCUCUGCUGACUUCUUGAAAGUGUCUCCUAAACGUCUGUCAAUGUCACCAUCCAUGGAAAAACCCAAACUCAAAGAAUCAAAUGUAAGUGAUGAAUCUUCUGCAAAAUCAACUUCUACUAAAGGUGAGGCAGUUCUGUCCAAUAGUAAAAAGAAGAAGAAAUUAACAGCAGAAUCUGCAGAUGGGGACAAUGUUACAAUCUCAACAAAAGAGAGUGCCCCAGCUAUGCAACUGAAAGCUGUGGAAACUGUUUGGAAAAAGGAUGAACAUAAUGAGAAAGUUGAGAGAUUGGAUGGAAAAAUGACAGAAGCAGCAGCAUUGAGCAGUUCUUUUGAUCCCUCUGUUCCUCUGACGAUAGACACACAGGAGAGACGUAACAUUUUUGAUGCCAUUAUGACGGAUUACCCAUCACCAAAUAAAACACCGGAGAAGAAAGACAGCCUAGAAAAACAUCCGGAGAAGUCAGGAUGUGACAAUUUAAUAAACACAAAUACAAAAGCUCAUAAUGACAUCAAAACAAUCUCUCCUAAAACGAGUGAAAAUUUGUCAAUUCCAUUACAAGGUGAGAAAUCCAUUAUUGAAAAAAUUCAGGUGAAAUUGGGCAUUCCUGUAGAAGAUAGUCCUAAAACUCAAAAGGUAUUUGACAGCAGCAUUGAACGUGUUAGUUCUAACAAACAGUCUGAAAUCACCAAGUGUUCCACAAAGCCCCUCCCAGCUCAGAAAACCAUUCCAAGUGUAGUCAAUGAGAAGGGGAAAAGACCAAAGAGCACCAAAGCGAACUCUGACUUUGAGCUUGUGAUGGAUACCGUAGAUGAGCAUCAGAUGGUGAUGGAAGUCGAUUCUGACUCCACUCCAGCAUCUCCUCCAGAAGGCGGGGUUAGUUUUUCUCGUCCUGUGCCCAAGAUGUCCACUCAGAGAGUCACGAAGGAACCUGCUCCUCUGAGUGUUCUGAGAGCAGUCGAGACGGAGGUACAGGAUAAGAUGUGUGCCUUCAGCAGCAGUGUUCUAGAUGAAUACCUUGAUACUAAAACCAACAGGAAAGUCAAACUCAGCAGACCCGUCAAGUUGAAUGACUCGGAGGAGAGGCUGGUGGAGGACUCGGAAGAUGAAAUGGAGGCGACCGAGAUGCCAGAACAAUAUAACGAGUUUUCUGGUAUGAUUGAGCAGUGUGAGCCUUCAUUUGAUGAAAUUGAUGGAGUGUUGUUCACUUCCUUUGCCAAUGAGGAAGCAUUGAAUGCCCAUGUAAAGGUGGAAAAGAAGACUAAAAUAGGCAAGAAUGAAAACAUUUUGCUAGGAAUGGCAAGAAUGAAAAACUUGCGCGAGAGACAAAACCAGAUUCGGAACAGUGUUCACCAGAAGAAGGAUGCCAGGUUAAAAGCACUAAAGGAGCAGUACAAGAUCAAUCAAAGCCUGCAGGGAAUGCAUCUGGUCCUCAUGAAGUACCAGAAGGUGUUCAAGAGAGAGCUUAUUCUGGAGUUCAUGGCAAAGGAACAAGAAAACCCUGGAAGCGUCGCAGUCAAGACUCCCAAAAAGACUUCUGAUAUAACCCAGAUCAAGGGAUGGAAGCACAAGUUUGGAGCAGACGAAGAAUCCCUGGAGAUGAAAGCGAGUAAAGGAAAGCUGCAUUGGAGGACAGAGGAGAGACUGCUCAGAAAUCAUGACCCAGAGCAACUCAAACGAAUGGGACUGGAAUUGAAGAAGAAAAGGAGAAAGAAUCUUGUGUUCACAAUCAGAAAGGGCAUGUCUAAAGGUGAUCCCGGCAAGAUGGAGAGAGUGGAGUUGGCUUCUCAAGUUGAGGGAGAGGGAAGUGUUGAUGGCGAGGAGAUGAAGCAGGAUGGAGAGAGUAGCUUUGGUCAGGAACUAAUGGAAAUGGGAUACGAAAUCUUAGACAGUGAAAAACAAAAACUCAGGGACAAGAAGCUUAGAGAGAAGAACAAGAAGUACCUGAUGAUGAAACUUAAACUCAACAAUGAUGAUAUAGAUAUUCUGAAAAAGCUUGGUGGACAAAGACUGAGAAGCAUGUUUAAACCAGACAGCCCAAAGAAAUUACCCCCACCUCCCACUCCACCACCCACAGAGGACGGGGAGAGGGAAGGGACAACAGAUAGUCAGGUGGACACUCCAUCCAAAAAGAAAAGAAAGAGGAAGAAGAAUUACUUCUGUAUCAUUACAUUAAACAGCAGCAUGGCAAACGCUGCUCUGUCAGCUCUCCACCCUAAGUUUGUGGUGAAGAAGAAGAAGAAAGCGAAAGCCGUGAAGGCCAUCAAAGAAGAGCCAGUGGACCCAGAUUUUGAUAAGAUGAAGAGCAGUGAAGGUCCCAAUGAGAAGAAGGUGGCUGAGGACAAGGCUGAGGACAAAGCCGAGGACAAAACUGAAGAAGGAAAAGACAAGGAGGAAGAAGAGGAGGAGGAGGAGGAGGGGAGCCAGAGUAAAGACCUUUUUGAUAAGAUGUGUGACAAACCAGGUUGUCGCUAUGGCUGUAUCUGUCACCUGUGUAAGUUCUCGGCUGGUUCACCUGAAGCUGCUUUAUACCAGACAAACGCAGAGAAGAAAUGUACCAAGGAAUACUGCCGACUGGGAUGUAUCUGUGACGACAGCAUAGAGAAGAUCUCCAAGCAGCAUUGUGGGAAGACCGAGUGCAUGAUCACCUGUACCUGUGACCCGGUUACCAGACGUCGUAACAGUAGAUCAUCCUCGCAGGGUGAGAGGCAGGCCAGUGCUGGAAACUGGGAAGAUGGUCAGUCCACAUCACAAGAGGAAAGCUUUGCCAAGAAAUCCGGGAAAAAGAAUGAAGUCCUCCCUCGGAGAAAAUCGACUUACCGACUCGCCAAGAAUUUGGAUGCAGUCAGCCGGAAAGCCAUGCUAGUUUAUGAGGCCAGUGAAAAAUAUGAGACACAAAAAUCAAGAAUUCGGAGGAAACAGGACAUGAGUGAUAUCAACAUCACCAUGGAGAAUAAACCAAAUCAAACAGCAUCCAGUGGUCCACAGACUGGAGUGGUCAUUGAUGGGCCUGUUCCUCAGAAGAAACUGGAGUUGACCAUUCCUUCCUCCUCCUCGACUCCAGGGCUGGCUGUACCUGCAGUCACCAUAAACGUCCCCCAGCCCAAGAUCCGGCAUCAACCCAUUCCAAGAGAGAUGCAUCACAGGGUGGAGGAGACGCUGAAGCUGCAGCCUAAAAAACUGGAAGAUGAUAGUGGCAUGGCCCUGUUUGAUUCCGACUCGGAUGCUGAAGAUAUUCAAGAGGUUAUUUCUUGUGCACGAGUGGAUGCUCACUACAACAGGGGGCACCACUCCAAGAAGUGUACAUGUGGUAGGGAUCAUGUCCAGAGCCGCGCGGUGUCCUCUCAGUAUCCACACCAGUGUGGGGGUCAGACAGCCAGCAGUGGACUGUCUGCACUACAGCAGAGACUGACUGGUAAACCGACGGUAGAGGCUAUGUGGCAGACUCAGUGGGUAUGUCUAAAGAGCAACAAACCCCCGACAGAGAAAGAAGGUGAUGCUGUCAAACUCCUAGAAAUUCUCUCCAAUUGCAACUGGGAGCCCCACAAACAGAAAAUACUCUCCAGGAUCUCCCGUCACAUUCACAACAAGAACCAGUCAGAGACCCAGACUCAGCUGGAGGGAUAUCCUCAGCCCUGCCUCAUACACAUCGGGGAGUUUGAGAUUGAAUUCCUCCCUAAGUCCAAUAAGCCUGCUACAAUUCCUCCUGAGGUCAGGAACAACAUGCCUUCUGCAAUAUUCUCUAUCCGAGUUCGAAUUUCUCUCAGGGAUUUAAGCUUUCCAAAACUUUUCAAGGCUCUUCCAUUGGAUAAUAAGUUGUUGAAUAAUAAUUCCUCUUCCACACAACCCGAGAAAAUCAACCCUCCUCCAUCUUCUAGUGAUGGAGAAGUGAUCAAACCCUCUGUCAAUGUGGCAGGAAUAUCCGGAUUUAGCCACCUUCAGAUCAACAAUCGUUCCCUCCAGAAAGAGGGAAACUCCACCACUGAUAGAUCUCAUCUUCAUCCCAUUUCCUCGCAGCAGAUAACUCAGAUGAAGCCUUCUCAGCUCGUCACUUCCAUACAGACCCUGACUUCGUCAGUCCACCUACAGAAUAAAUUGGGGACCCAUCAGACACAGACGAAGGCUCCACCAGCCAUUCCUGUUCUGUCACCCUCCAUAAAUGUGUCAUCAUCUACCCCUACGUCAUCCCUGACGACGGUACUGUCAACAAAGACUGCCAAUAAAGUGCCAGAAACUUCUAAUUCUGUGUGUACAUCUGUUGGACAGUCAAUAACCUCUUCAGUCCAGUUGCCAGCAACAAUGAUUAAUGUGAUAUCAAGUUCCCCUGCUCCUCCAAAGACUGUAGCGGUGAUGAGUUCAGAGAAACCCAUUCUUAGUGUUCCCAUGUCAUCCAGGGAAACGGUGAAUAAAUCAAUGGAGGGAGGCUCUACAACUGGAUCAAUAAUAGUUUCACCUGUGGUUCCUAGUCAGACUCAUUCAGCAGCAAACUCCAUAACUGCCAUUUCUACCUCUUCGGUCACCCUAACCACAUCGUUUGCUGCUGGGAAACCAGUAACAGCCAUUGGAGCAGACCACAGGACUAUAACACUGAUAAAACAGCCAUUUGGACAGUCUGGUCAGUCAGUGGUCAGCAAGACUACCCUAGUGUCUCUUCAGUCUGUCCUGCAGAGCAAAAUUGUUACUUCAUCAUCACAAGCAGUUACAAAAACUUUAUCUGUGCCAGCUUCAACACCCAUUCUUCCUUCAUCUUCACCUGUGUCAGAAAUGAAAGUGGCUGGAGGGAAUAACUCCAUGCAGGUUCAUGACCUCCGACCUCCAGCCAGCCUCAACAAAUCUCAAGUUCAGGAGAAAGUGUGUGUUUUGGGUCCCAAGUCUUCCCCAGUGACUUUGCUGGGUCCCUUCACUUCUCCAUCAAGCAUUCCCAAAGUCCUUCCCCAGAUGAAGAUUGUCCAGUCCUCUCUCGUGGACAAAGAUGGAAAACCGGUCAUCCAUCUUGUUCCUUUCACUGGAACAAAGGGUGGCAAACCCAUUCCCAUUUCUACAGUCCUCAAAAGCUCGCCUGUGGUGAAUGUAGGGGCUCAUCAGGCAGGAGCAGUGGGACUAAUGAAGAAUCCAACAAAUGUGUACACAGUGACUGACGUGUCCACCACCACAACGAAUGUCUCCCACACCUCGAAUGCAUCGACAACUGUGACACAGUGCACAGUUCCAGCAAUGUCGGAGAAAGUCCAGGGGCCACUGUUUCCCAGACACGGGGAUCAGAUUCUUCUCGUUUCUAGUGACGAGCAAAAUAUCAAACUUUUGAACAAACUGAAGACGUGUGAUAAUCGGAAAGUCCUUUGUGACAACAGCAACAAAGUGGCAGAAGUAGGAAACAAACUCGAAACCAGCAACAAAGUUGCAGAAGGGUGUAACAAAGCUGAAACAAGCAACAGAGUUGCUGAUGUACCUGAUCAACCACAUGUUGAAGGUGUUCUAAAACGUAAACUUGAGCUGGAUGAGGAGGAGGAGAGGAAGAAAGUGAAGAUCAGUAAUACUGAGGACAGGAAAGGGACAGAAGGCAAUUUGAUGGACAGCGACAGUGUGCUGGCUAAAAUUCUUCUGUCCGAUGCUGUGAAAGAAACCUACAGCAAAUACAGGGACAUCAAGACCGAUGCUGUCAGAGAGGAUGGUGUCAAAACCAAAAGGGAAGGUGCUCCACUGUUAAACAGCUCCAGUGAUAAGGAAAAUGUCAAAGGCAGCAAAGAAGAAUUAAGGGCUGGUGGAGCAGAAGUUGUUAAAGUGGAUUCUGAAAAUUCUGACAGUAAAGAGUCUAGAGACCAGGAUGGUAAAGAAAAGACACGGGAGGCGGAAUGGGAGAGUGAUUGUGGAAGUCCUGACAACAGACCUCUCCAGAUUGCGGAAGACCUCGACUCCAGCUGUGACAAAAGCGAUGAGUCGGAUGCCACAGUGGUGGGGGGGAUUGAUGCCGACCAGAAAGAUUCAGAAGGAGAGAGUGGAGGCAAGUUGGUAUUAAGUAAAUCAGAGGAGGAUCAGAUGGAAAAUGGAAAACAGACCGCAGAAAAAACAGAAAACAAAGACCUGCCAUCAGAAGUCAUACACAUAAAGGAUUCACCAGUGAAGAGCCUAUCAGGAUGUAAAGGCAAAGAUGAUGUGAUUCUAAUUCCCCACGAUAAAGUCAGUGCAGAGUCCAACAAUUCAGGAGGAAUCGUCAGUGUCAGCAGUGGAGUUAAUUCAGUAGUGAGCGAGUCACAGGGGCCACUAAAACGCAGGCUGUCCCAGGACGAGGGGUCUGUCUGUGUCAAGAAAUCGAGGACAGAGGACAGCAUGAAUGGGACUGAAGAGAAAGCUGAGGAGAGCGAGGAGGACCUAUGUAUGACGGUGGAGGACACAGAUGAUAUGGCAGUCAUAAUACCUAAUGAUGACUGUGUGGAGAUUGUCAAUUCCUCAGAUGAGGACAUCGACGUCGAGACGGAGCCAGACACCAGCAUGAACAAACUUCUGAGGAAGCAGUCCGAUAACACCUGGGAAUUCUUCAACCCGAGCUGCAACGUUCACAGCAUCAACAAAAAACCACAUGCUAAACGGAAAACCAACCUACAGACAAUCUCCAAUGUUUACAUGGACGACUUCCACUUCAAAGAGGGAUUGUUGAGGGAUAAAAAAACCAGGAGAAUUCAGAUGAAGAAAACAAGGGAGAAGCAGCGUCGCGAGGAGAUGAGGAUUUCAUUUAAGGCCUUGGCUGAGUCCAUGUAUGGGGAGGACAAAGACGAUACAAAAUACUCGCAGAUCUUGAACCACACCGAGCCCAAAGUACAGCUCCUUAAUAAGGCUAAAGAGAAAAUUGAGCAGAUGGAGGAGGUUGAUCGCCUGAUGGUGAGUGAGAACCAGUCAACGAUGGCCCGCAACACGCUGCUCAAAUGUCGAUUGCAAAGUCUCAAAGAAUUCAUUAUAAAGGACAGAGGUAUGCCUUGGAUGGUUUUACAAGCUCAUCUUGAUAAAAUUGCCAAAGUCUGCAAGAAAAUUUUUCAAAACAUGCCAGCUAUCCUGAAGAAGCGAGCCAUGGACAGUCGGGCUGCCGCUGGGUCCUCUGGGCACAUGUCGGGUGUGAACCGACCCGGGGGACCAUUCACCAGGCCCAGUGCUCUUUCCCGACCACCUGUCUCUGCCCUCUCAAAUGGACCAGUGCCGAUACAGAUGAUUUCCUCAGAACAGGUCAGAUUUAUGGCCAAAAAUCAAGAACUUGCCAGGGUGCGAGAGAAUGUGACCAACCGUGCAGACAUUUACAUCGACUACGCGGAGGAGGAAAACGAGAUCUGUGAGGAUUUGAUGAGACGCGAGGAAAGAAAUCGGCGAAAGCAGAAUCAUGAUGUCAACUUAAACGAUGACCUGUCUUUUGAAAUUGGUGACCUUCCAAGUUUGUUCAAGAGGUCCGACUAUUUGGGCAGUUGCUCUCCUCAGGAGAGUAGAACUGUGAAUAGAAAUCAAGCACCAAAAAGUGAGGCUGUUAACUUCCUGGAGAGUGAGAGUGACAAAGUCAUCAUAGCUGAUGAAUAUGAUGACUCGGGGAAGAUGACAGUUUAUAAACUGAAAUCCACACCCCCCAUAACGAAGGUCCCUGUGUUGGACACGGAUAGAUUUACAGAAAUACCCAAUUCUGGGGAUGGAGUGGAACCGAAAGCCAACCAUCUCUGUGAUGAUAGUGGACAUACGGACACACCUAUGUUGGUCAUUACGGACGUUAAAAGUUUGUCUUCUGACUCCUGAUGUCUCCCCCAAAGUGAUAUUCUCCUAACAGUGAUAAAUGUCUAUUGCCAGAUGCCUGAUGCCCUGUGAUCUCAGACUCUUAAUGGCUUCUGGUUGUAAGAUAUCCUCUCUAGUUAUAAAUUUCUCUUCUUUAUAGCAAUACGGUGAUACCUGAUAAUGAUGAAUGUGUCAGAUUUUUGUGGAGGACUUCCAGCCCCUGAACAGAUGUUAAGUGACUCUUAAAACUAGAAUACUCUACACAAAUUGGAGUCAAAAGUUAUUCAACUUGACAUGAGAUCCGGAAAACAACAGAAUUUACUAUGUGCAGUAAUUAUCUCAAUAUUGAAAUCUUAUUUUUGAAACAUAUUCUUGUCCUUUAGAUGAUACAGAGUUUUGUUCGCAUGUGGUUGGGACCCAAUUGAAAACCUAAAACUUGUAUCUACGUUCCACAUUUUGAGUAUACUCACCUACUGUAAAACAGGCCCACACAGCCACAAAAUCAUGCAACUUGAGAUUGGGCAGUUUAAUGGUGGGACAAAUAAAGGGUUAUUGCUUUUCAUCCUUAGGCAGAUGUAACAGAAUAUUUAAUUUAUGUUCAAGCUCAGGUUAUCAAAUGAGCUGUCUUGAAAUUAUGAAGAAUAACUGAAGAAAAAGAGUUGGACCUCAUCUUCAAUAACUGUAUAAAAAUCAAGAUUCUCAUUCAGCCAUUCUUGUGCAUGUGAUAUUUACAAGAAAGCAGGAAAAAAAACAAAGCAUUCUUUCAGAUGUCAGGUUGGUUGUCCAAAAUGGAACAAGUUUUAUAAGUUGUGUGUUUAUGAACGUGGAAAUAUAUUUAUAUUUUGAAAUAGAAAUCCAGUGAUGUCGUUAAAGUGUGCAUUCCCUCUUGCCUAGGAAGUGUUGAUAUUGAUUGAUAGGGAUGUAGUUUUCACUGUGAAGUCUGUAAUAGUGAUAAGACUGGGCAAUAGAUAUGAAAAGUUCCGGUUUUUUUAUUCUGAUUUGUCACUAAAUGUAAAUGAAACCUCUUUAAAUUAAAUCACACCAGAUUUACCAUGUAUGUAUAACUUUGUGAUAGAAAUAUGUCUAUGUAUACAUGUAUAUAUAAAUCUCUGUAUAUGUAUACAUGUAUAUAAAUAUUUGUAUAUGUAUACAUGUAUAUAAACAUUUGUAUAUGUGUACAUGUAUAUAAACAUUUGUAUAUAUGUAUAUGUGUAUAGAUACAUUUGUAUAUACAUUUUUGUAUAUAUGUAUACAUUUGUACAAAUCUUUAUAUAUAUAAUUAUAUAUUAUAUAAAUGUUAGUAUAUGUAUCUUUGUAUAUAUAUGUAUAUAUAUACAUGUAUAGAAAUGUUUAUAUAUAUGUAUACAUGUAUAGAAAUUUUUGUAUAUAUGUAUACAUGUAUAAAAAUAUUUGUAUAUAGGUAUAAAUGUAUAUGAAUCUUGCAAUGUGUUCAUUUGAUGAUAUGUAUGAUUUGCCUUAGGACUUUUCAUGAAAUCCUUGUGUAUAUUGAGAGUUGAUGUGAUAUGUUCUUAUAACUUGAAAUGGUCAUGGUGUAUUUGUGUUUAAUGAUAUAGGGGAUUAUCUGUGUUCUAAUGAUGUGUACUGAACAUUUAGAAAGUACCUGUAUUUGAAGAAAAUCCAGCACAUAUCCUUUUUCAACUUUCAGUUCAUAAACGGAUCUUGAAUGAGAAACUUCUCCUUUGUAGAUGGUGUGUGUAGUCCAUAUUGAGAGUUAAAUCUGUUUACAUGUAUAAUUGUUUUUGUAUUGAAUGUGUACAUAUGAUAAAAAGGUAGGUGUAUUUUGCAAUACACUGACACCCCCCCAGGUUUGGAGCUUGUAGCUUGAUGCGGGUAUCAUUACAAGCAUGCAUUAAAUUUCUUACAAAAAAAUGAUAUCUUUUUUUUAUUAUUAUUAUUCUAGUAGUUGUGGAACAUUUUUAUGAGACUACGAGUUUGAGGUAUUUUCACAGAGUAAGUAUCAUAAUGUGAGGAAAGACAUGCUUUAUUCCAUUCCUUGUCAAAAAGAAGGUUGCUAGGCAGUGUAUGAAAUGCUUUGUCGGAUGUGUUAUCGUAUAAAGAAAGACACUGUUAUUCUUGUCCUGUUUAACUUGUAUAUUACGCGUCCUUGAAUAAUCAUUACGGUUGGUACAUGUAUAUAAAUUUGUCGCGCGAGUGAUGUUAUAUAAUGAUAAAAUGUACAUAUAAAGAUAAUAAUGCCAUG